AUGGCGCCCGACGGUCUACAGUGGCAGCCCGGGCCGGUCCCGGGCUGGGUGCCCGCCGCCCGGCACUCUGUGCCACAGCUUCCGGUUCGGGGCGGGGCGAGGCGGGGCCGCGGCUCCGAGUUGGUUGACUCAGCAUUUCCUGUCGGGCAGGUCAAGUUUGGACACGUCCCGCGCCGGCUGUUGGAGGAGCUGUCGGCUGGCGACGCGGGGGAGACCCACACCUGUGGCCUCCCCGGUGCUUUCCUGCGUGGAUCUAGGCCAGUGUGCAAUACCAACAUGUCUGUGUCUACUGAGGGUGCUGCAAGCACCUCACAGAGUCCAGCUUCGGAUCAAGAGGCUCUGGUUAGGCCAAAACCGUUGUUUUUGAAGUUGUUAAAGUCUGCCGGUGCGCAAAAAGACCUUUACACUAUGAAAGAGAUUAUAUUUUAUCUUGGCCAGUAUAUUAUGACUAAAAGAUUAUAUGAUGAGAGGCAGCAGCAUAUGGUGUAUUGUUCAAAUGAUCUUCUGGGAGAUUUGUUUGGCGUGCCAAGCUUCUCUGUGAAGGAUCACAGGAAAAUAUAUGCAAUGAUCUACAGAAACUUGGUCGUAGGUCAGCAAGACACUGGCACAUCAGUGAGUGAGAGCAGAUGCCAGCCUGAAGGUGGGAGUGAUCUGAAGGACCUUGUGCAAGAGCCACAAGAAGAGAAGCCUUCAUCUUCUGGUUCAGUUUCUAGACCAUCUACCUCAUCUAGAAGGAGAGCAGUUAGUGAGACAGAAGACAGUGCAGAAGAGCUGCCUGGUGAACGACAGAGGAAGCGCCACAGAUCCCUUUCCUUUGAUGAAAGCUUGGCUUUGUGUGUGUUGAGAGGCAUGUGCUGUGAAAGAAGCAGCAGCAGCAGCGAGUCCACAGAGACCCCCUCAUAUCAGGAUUUUGAUGAUGGCCUAAGUGCGCAUUCAGGUGAUUGGUUGGAUCAGGAUGCAGUUUCUGAUCAAUUUAGUGUAGAAUUUGAAGUUGAGUCUCUUGACUCGGAAGACUACAGCCUGAGUGAAGAAGGGCAUGAGCUCUCGGAUGAUGAUGAUGAGGUCUACCGAGUCACCGUGUAUCAAACAGGAGAAAGUGAUGCAGACUCCUUUGAGGGAGAUCCUGAAAUUUCCUUAGCUGACAAUUGGAAAUGUACCUCUUGCAAUGCAAUGAACCCUCCUCUCCCACCACACUGCAACAGAUGCUGGGCCCUUCGUGAGAAUUGGCUUCCAGAAGAUAAAGGGAAAGAUAAAGGGGAACUCUCUGAAAAAGCCAAACUGGAAAACUCAGCAGAGGCAGAAGAAGCCUUAGAUGUGCCUGAUGGGAGGAAAAGUGUGGUGAAUGAUUCUAAAGAGUCGUGCACUGAGGAAAAUGAUGACAAAGUCACUUGGGCCUCCCAGUCACAAGAGAGUGAGGACUAUUCCCAGCCAUCAACUUCCAGUGGCAAUGCUUAUAGCCCCCAGGAAGAUGUCAGAGAGUUGAAGGAAAGAGCACAAGCCAAAGAAGAAAGUGUAGAAUCUCGCUUCUCUCUCAGUGCCAUUGAGCCAUGUGUGAUUUGUCAAGGACGACCUAAAAAUGGUUGCAUUGUUCAUGGCAAGACUGGACAUCUCAUGUCAUGUUUCACAUGUGCAAAGAAGCUUAAAAAAAGGAAUAAGCCCUGCCCGGUCUGCAGACAGCCAAUUCAAAUGAUCGUGCUGACUUACUUCAGCUAGUGACCUGCCCAUGAAGAUAGAAUCUUGUAUUUACAACUAAUCUCCAAAACUAUUUAUACAUUAAGGCCAGGAAAACGUCUUAGUCCAUGUAAAAUUCAUUGUAAUUUAUCUUCAAGAGUAAGGAUAGUGAAU